CAGAGUGCCUCCUGUAAUCAAAACAGUGUGUGAGAAAUACUAGAUCGAGAUCUGCCACCUAACACACCAUCGCCGAGCUCAUCGACUGGGCGACAGUUGACGGAGCCGACGAGAGCGUGCGCGUGGCCGUAGCCGUACACGCCAACACCGGCGAGGAGAUGGAGACGUUCGUGCUGUCGCCGGAGAGCCCCCUCUUGGCGCUGAGGUCCCCGGUGAUGAACUCAGCUGCCCACGCGGUCGUUCGGUUAUACGGUUUCCUUCUCAUAGUGCCGCCUGAACCGGGGACAGCGGACAACGAGCUCGACAUGAGCUGCCCCGGCGACGACGUGCUGGUAGAGAUGGAGUAUGUCCCCGAGGGCUGGUUUCUUGGAGGACCGGCGCCGUUGUUCGCCGCCGCGGGGUGCACGGCCGGCUGCAUGCGGGUCGCCGCCGUGGAGGACCAAGAAGAAGAAGCAGACAGCAAGGAGAUCCUGGUGCUCUACCGCUACGCCCCUUUCUCGGUAUCAUCGGACGGCGUGGUGGCGCGAGGGAGCAGCAGGGCGCACCUGCUCCGGUUCAUCGCCACCGGCGACCACACGGCGAGGUCGCUGGCGUGGGCCGGAUCGUCUCUGGUCCGGCUGAUAUACCCCGGUGACUUCAGCGAGCAGCUCCAGGAGCUAUGGUCGAGCCUAGCGUCGCAGGUGAGCGUUCUGCCGCGCGCCGCGCGCGUCGAGGUGUUCGUCGACGUCGGUAUCCUCCUCCGGAGGUCGGACUACACUCCCGAGCGCGUGGAGCAGAUGCGCCCCUCGCCGGAGCGCAUGGCGGAGCAGACGUGGCCCGUGCGCUUCACCGGCAUGGAGCUGCACCUGCCGGAGCCGAUGCGGCGCGACCAUGAUAAAGACGAAACCGCCGUCGACGACGACGAUGACACGGACGCCGGUGAACGGCCAGCGAAGCAAAGGAGGGUAGUCGCCGCCGGGGAGGAUUGCCCCGUUUGCUUGCAGCUGCUCGAGGGGAACGACCUCGCCGCGUGGUCCGGGUGCGACAAGCCCCAUGUCUUCCAUGGCUCGUGCUUGGAGCGCGUCCUUGUGGAGAGCAAGACGUGCCCUAUGUGCAGGCACAAGCUAUACAUCGAACACAAACGAUGAGCAUUAAGCAAGUAGGCUCGACCACGUUUGGCAAGUUGUAGUACGUACUAGCUGUUCUUCAGAAACUAUUCUGUUUUGCUGAAGGAUGGCAUGCAUUCUUGGGUUUCAUGGUCAGUUCAUCAAUGAAUGAAUCAUGUCAAUUCUAUUUGAUUUGAAUAAAUAUCUGUAAAAGCACCGUUUGGAUAUACUGAAAGUGAAAAUUGUUUGUUAA